CCACCAAUUCAAGCUGGACAGGGUCUGUUCCAUCUAUGACAACUGUCUCCGGAGCUGCUUCUAAUGUCAGGCAAACAGGCACUAUAAUUAGUGUUGUUCCUACGGCUGGGGGACAAGGUUUGGGAUCAUCAGAACAAAGUGAUGGAACAUUAGCGGGUUCUACCUCUAAAUUUGCUUCAUCAUUAAGUUUCUCUUCCGUUCCUGUUCAUUCGUCUGUGUCUUUGUUUGCUUCACGGGAAGGAAAUUGGACGUUUGCUUCUCGAAAUUUUAGCGGUACUGCUUCUCAUUACGUUGAAUCUUCCGCUUCUAAGGCAAAAAAAGGUACAUCUGCAGCUGUAUUUGUGAUGUUACUACUGGUUUCGUUGUUAAUUUAAAAGUGGUAGAUCCAGGGAUUAAAGGUGGUCAUUAAAUACAAUAAUGUGGGG